AUGGAGCCGGGCACCAUCGACAACCUGUCCAUCCUGUACCAGAGCUCCGACUUCAUCGUGGUCAACAAGCACUGGGACAUCCGCAUCGACAGCAAGAUGUGGUACGAGACGCUGACCCUGCAGAGCCAGCUCAAGUACCGCUUCCCCGAGCCGCUGGCCGACCCCGACACCUACUACGGCUUCAGGUUCUGCCACCAGCUCGACUUCUCCACCAGUGGGGCCCUGUGCGUCGCGCUCAACAAAGCGGCGGCGGGAAGCGCCUACAAGUGCUUUAAGGACCGGCUGGUGACCAAAGCUUAUCUUGCCCUGGUAAGCGCACACUCCCAAGUCCUGCUNNNGAUCCGCUACGCCAUAGGGAAGAACACCACCGAGGGCAUGACCCACAUGAUGUGCAUCGAUGGGACGGAGGGCUGUGAAAAUCCCAAACCUUGCCAGUCGGAGCUGAUCGUGCUCGAGCACGGGUCCUACAGCGGAGAGCCUGUGACCAAAGUGCUGCUGCAGCCGCUGACAGGGCGGACGCAUCAGCUCCGGGUUCACUGCAGUGCCAUUGGCCACCCCGUCGUGGGGGACUUCACCUACAGCCACAAGAAGGACAGCAGUCCCUAUCGGAUGAUGCUCCACGCCUACUACCUGCGCAUCCCCACCGGCAAGGAGCUGAUCGAGGUCUGCGCGCCCGACCCCUUCGUCACCACAAUGGACAGCAACUGGGUGCCCCACCACGUCACCCACCGGCUGGAUGAGACGAUCCAAGAGCUGAAGGACAAGGUGGUGCAGAAGGGGGAAGAGGAGACGAGCCAGGAAGCCAUGCUUGCUGGCGGAGGAGAGGAGCCACGGAGCGAAGCCAAGAGCCCGGAGACGGAGGAGCAGCGAGCCCGGUGCGAGCAGUGGUUGGCCGAGUGGGCUUUAGAGUGA